AUUUCUCCGUGUUUCUUUUUUUUUCCUCUCUCUUCUUCCCUUCUCUCGAUUUAGGGCGCACGCACAUUAAAAAAAAAAAAAAAAAAAAAAACCCAAACUCGCUCUUUGACUCAGAAUCAAAACCCUUCCUUUCCCCCUCUCUCUCUCUCUUUCGCUGAUCUACUUCUCAGGCUAUAAGUUGAGUAUCACAGAGCAAAACUAUUCAUUGUCCACCAAUCUUUUCACUCUUUAGACUAGGAGCGCUGUUUCUCAACAACGAAUGACUUUUUGAUGCUCAAGCAAUGUCGGGGUUACUUAAUUCUUCUCUCAACAGUUCGGCUUCAAACCUUCCAGAUAGUACUGGGCGAUCUUUUGCUACGUCUUUCUCUGGUCAGUCUGGUGCUGCCUCCCCCGUUUUUCAUCACACUGGAGCCAUUCAGGGGCUGCACAAUAUUCAUGGGAGCUUUAACGUUCCCAACAUGCCUGGUACACUAACAUCAAGAAACUCAGCAAUAAAUAAUGUUCCUUCUGGUGGGGUUCAACAGCCUACUGGCAGCCUUUCUAGUGGGCGAUUUGCAUCAAAUAAUCUUCCUGUUGCGCUCUCUCAGUUAUCUCAUGGCAGCUCCCAUGGACAUUCAGGAGUCACAAAUAGAGGAGGUAUUAGUGUUGUAGGAAACCCUGGAUUUAGUAAUAGCACAAAUGGAGUUGGCGGUUCUAUUCCUGGAAUUCUCCCAACCUCUGCUGCAAUUGGUAACCGGAAUGCUGUUCCAGGAUUGGGAGUAUCCCCAAUUUUGGGAAAUGCAGGUCCUCGGAUUACAAGUUCUAUGGGAAACAUGGUUGGUGGAGGCAACAUUGGGAGGAGUAUAACGUCCGGUGGAGGACUAUCUGUUCCUGGUCUUUCUCGGCUAAAUUUGGGUGGAAAUAGUGGAUCUGGAAGUUUGAAUGUGCAAGGACAAAAUCGAUUGAUGAGUGGUGCACUUCCACAAGGUUCUCCGCAGGUAAUUUCUAUGCUAGGAAAUUCCUAUCCCACUGGUGGAGUUACACUUUCUCAAGGCCAUGUCCAAGCAGUAAAUAAUUUAAGCUCUAUGGGAAUGUUAAAUGAUGUGAACUCUAAUGACAGCUCUCCUUUUGACAUCAAUGACUUCCCUCAGUUGACAAGUCGUCCUAGUUCUGCUGGAGGGCCCCAAGGACAACUGGGUUCACUACGCAAGCAAGGUCUUGGUGUUAGUCCUAUUGUUCAACAAAACCAAGAGUUUAGCAUUCAAAAUGAAGAUUUUCCAGCUUUACCAGGAUUUAAAGGUGGUAAUGCAGAUUAUGCGAUGGAUAUGCACCAGAAGGAACAACUUCAUGACAAUACUGUUUCGAUGAUGCAAUCACAGCACUUUCCUAUGGGUAGGUCUGCUGGAUUUAAUUUAGGUGGAACGUAUUCAUCCCAUCGUCCUCAGCAGCAACAGCAGCAGCAACAUGCUCCAUCAGUCAGUAGUAGUGGUGUCUCUUUUUCACCUUUAAACAAUCAGGACCUUCUCCAUUUACAUGGCUCAGAUAUGUUCCCAUCUUCACAUUCAACGUAUCACUCCCAGACCAGUGGGCCUCCUGGCAUUGGACUAAGACCUCUAAAUUCUCCAAAUACAGUAUCUGGUAUGGGAUCAUAUGAUCAGCUCAUCCAGCAGUAUCAACAACACCAGAGCCAGUCUCAAUUUCGUCUGCAACAAAUGUCAACUGUCAAUCAGUCAUUUAGAGAUCAGGGCAUUAAAUCCGCGCAGGCCCAGGCUGCACAAUCUACUCCAGAUCCAUUUGGUUUGCUUGGCUUGUUAAGUGUAAUAAGGAUGAGUGAUCCCGAUCUGACAUCCCUUGCUCUUGGAAUUGACCUGACUACCCUUGGGUUAAAUUUGAAUUCACCAGAAAAUCUUCACAAAACUUUUGGUUCUCCAUGGUCUGAUGAGCCGGCUAAAGGUGAUCCAGAGUUUACUGUGCCACAAUGUUAUUAUGCCAAACAACCACCUCCUCUACAUCAAGGUUACUUUUCAAAGUUUAAUUUGGAAACAUUAUUCUACAUAUUUUACAGCAUGCCAAAAGAUGAAGCCCAAUUAUAUGCUGCUAAUGAACUUUACGCUAAAGGCUGGUUUUAUCACAAAGAGCACCGAUUAUGGUUCAUAAGAGCCCCCAACAUGGAGCCGCUUGCUAAGACAAACACUCAUGAGAGAGGAUCUUAUCACUGUUUUGAUCCAAACACAUUUGAAAUGAUCCGCAAGGAUAAUUUCAUUGUCCAGUAUGAGAUGAUGGAAAAGAGACCGUUGCUACCUCAACAUUAACAGAUAUUGUACUCACAAUGUAAAGUUUCAGUUUGGAUCCUGUUAGAAACUAAGUUAGCAACAUUGAUGUUCAAUGUAUCAGGCAAUUUUAAGCAAUUUAUCGAUCUUGUAGUGAUCUUUAGUCGUAUCUUUUAUUUUUCCCUUUACAUAAUCAAUUUUUAGUCUUUACACACAUUUGCUUUA